UUCGGUCACCACGAGUCUGUGUUGGGUUGGGACUUGGAACACGGAAAUCUUUGCCGUAGUAGAUCUACUAGUACCGGUCCUUUUCAAGCUUUUUACUAUCAGGAGUAUCAACCGUGUAGCUGGAAGCAGGCCAAAUACACACCACAUGCCAAAAGAAGGCAAACAAAAAAGCAAGAAAAAGCACAAACAAGAAAUGGAGACUAAAUCAGAUAGGAAUGACAUAUCGGUAGAUAAAGACAUGGAUGAAAACACUGAAAGCAAGGAAAUACAGGAAUGUCCAAAUCUUAGCAACACACCUAAGAAUAUAAUUGAGGAAACAAAUACACCCACUGAAACAGAACCAAAAGAACAGUUUCAAUUUCAUGAAAUGGGAUUAGACAAUAGACUUCUCAAAGCCAUUGCUAGUCUCAAAUGGCCACAUCCUACUUUAGUACAGGAAAAAGCAAUCCCUCUUGCAUUAAAUGGUAAGGAUAUACUGACGAAGGCUCGUACUGGUUCUGGAAAGACAGCAGCUUAUGCAAUUCCUAUAAUUCAAUCGAUAUUAGGUGAAAGUGACGCAGACAUGCUGGCCAGUACAAAAGCUUUGGUUUUGAUUCCCUCAAAAGAACUAUCAGAACAAGUCGCUGAAAUGUUCAACGAGCUUAUAUGCUGUUGCAUGGAUUCCAUUACCUGCUUAAAUUUGUCAGAAAAGGAUGUGAAUGGCUCAAGUUCGGUUUUGAAUAUAAAUGCAGAUGUUCUCAUUGGCACUCCGGGUCGUAUUCUUGCUCAAGUUGCAGCAGGGAAAUUAAAUAUUUCUACCAUCUCAUGGCUGGUGAUUGACGAGGCCGAUUUGGUAUUAUCAUUUGGAUAUGAGGAUGAUAUUCAUAAGCUUGUUAAAUUUUUGCCAAAUUCAUAUCAGACUUUUGUAACCUCUGCUACCUUUUCUGAUGAUCUCAGCUCUUUGAAAAAUUUAGUGCUUAAAAACCCAGUAACUUUGCAAUUGCAUGAAUCAUCUCUUCCACAAAGUGAUCGCCUCACUCAAUAUCACGUUAUUUGCGAGUCGGAGGAUGACAAGUAUCUCCUUUUGUAUGCUUUAUUGAAGUUAAGACUGAUGAGAGGAAAGACCAUCAUAUUUGUGAACUCUGUAUCAAGAUGUUACAGACUUAAGCUGUUUCUUGAACAGUUUUCGAUAUUCUGUUGCAUCCUAAAUUCUGAACUCCCUGUCAAAUCAAGAUGUCAUACUGUUGAUCAAUUCAAUAAAGAUCUUUAUGACUACAUCAUAGCCGCAGAUGAAAACCACUUAAUGCCUAGCGAUGAAAGUCAUGUCCCGACUGGAAAAAAGAAACGACAAAAGAAGUCUAAUGAGUUUAGUGUUUCCAGAGGUGUAGACUUUCAGAGGGUUGCUAAUGUACUGAAUUUUGAUUUCCCGGAAAGUGUACAAGCGUAUAUUCAUAGAGUUGGCAGAACUGCAAGAGGGUUUUCUACAGGAACAGCAUUAUCCUUUGUGACCGGAGAUGAAAUAGAUUUACUUAAAAAUGCACAAAAUGAAGUUGGGGAAGGUUGUAUGCGUCCAUAUCAAUUUGCGAUGAAAGAAAUUGAAGGGUUCAGAUAUCGUUGUCGUGAUGCCAUGAGAAUUGUUACAAAGCAGGCCAUAAAAGAUGCGAGAUUACGUGAACUAAGAACAGAGUUGUUGAACUCUGAAAAAUUGCAGGCUUAUUUUGAAGAAAACCCACGGGAUCUUCAAAUUUUGCGACACAAUACAGCUUUGAGGCCAUCCAAAGUAAAGCCUCACAUGAAGCAUGUUCCAGAGUACUUGAUUCCAGAAACCCUAAAAGGAAUUGCAACAAAUAAAUCAAGAAAGCGGACAUUCAAGGGCAAAAGCAGACUAAAUCCUAAAUACAAGAAGAGGCAGGAAGACCCACUAAAAAGUUUCAAAUUUGUUAAAUCUAAAGGCGAUUAAUGUAAAUAAAACUGCCAUUAAAUUAUUUAUACUAGUUCGUUGCUUUUAUACUAGUUCGUUGAACAUAUAGAGGUUUUUACCCUGAUUACCCAAUGUGUUCUGUUUUGAAAGAGCGUUCCUCGGAUACUGCUUGUGAAAAUAAAUAUCAAUCAAUGGGCUUGUCGCAGUAUUGGUCAGACAUGAUAACUUCUCUAUAUUCUUGGCACCCAAAUUCCCUGUUUAACCUUUCAAAUAAAUUAGCUUUAAAAAGUG